AUGACAAGUGUCUGUCCGCAACGUGUUAGAUUUUGAAACUGCCUUGCAAUCCAGCCCGGAACUCGCAGCUCUAGCCCGGGGUAACAGACACUUGCCUGGGGUGUCUGUGUCUCGCUCUCCUCCCCCCACCCACCGCCGUCGCCGUUGGAGGAAGAGCCCCGGAGGAGCAGGGUGCGCCGCGCCGCGCCCGCGUGUCAAUGGCAGCCGCGCAUUCUGGAAGAAGUUGGUUCUUGUCCUGAAUACUUUUCCUGCGGUGCCCCGCCCCUUGAAUCAGAAGCAGCUGUCUUCUCCUGCGGCUAGAGCCGGGACGGUGGAGCUUGGGGCAGCUGUCAAAAAACGAGAGGGGAGCCUUUUCUUCCCUGGGGUGGAGGAGGGGGCAGCCUUUUUCCAUCUGUUGCAAUUUCCUAACCAAACGCACCCUCGCCAGCCCCAGGAAGAAAGGCCCGAAGGAGAAACCCGGGCGCUCGGCUGCUGUCGCCGCCGCCGAGCGAGGGAUGCGGGCGGCGUGCGCGCGGCAAGGAGGAAGGCUCGAGCGCCGAGGUACGCCGAGCAGGAGCGGGGAACAAAGGAGAGGGGAGGGGAGCGAGUUGGGCGAGGGAGAGCCCCCAGCCGGCUGCCCGAAGAUCCCGGCCGGAGGACGCCCAAGUGUCACUUGAAUCCCACCCGAGGAGCGGGCGCCUGGGAUCCGAGCGCCUGGAUUAGCAAUAACGGCUGGAGCGCGUCCUACAAGUUACGGGAGAGUCGGCGGGGAAGGAGGACAAUCGCGUGCCCCCUUCGGCCCCGCUCCUGGCCCCUCGAGACCCCAGCAUCGCCUCGCGCUGGAAGGGGAGCUCCAGAAUGAAGAGCAAGAAAGGUGUCGUUGCAGCAUCAGGCAGUGAGACAGAGGAUGAUGACAACAUGGACAUCCCCCUGGACCUCUCCUCCUCUGCUGGUGCAGGCAAGAGACGGCGAAGGGGCAACCUGCCCAAGGAAUCUGUUCAGAUUCUCCGCGAUUGGCUGUAUGAGCACCGAUACAAUGCCUAUCCCUCAGAGCAAGAGAAAGCAUUACUGUCCCAGCAAACACACCUGUCUACACUACAGGUCUGUAACUGGUUCAUCAACGCGCGCCGCAGGCUCCUCCCAGACAUGCUGAGAAAGGAUGGCAAAGAUCCAAAUCAGUUCACAAUUUCCCGCCGUGGGGCCAAGAUUUCUGAAGCGAGCUCUGUGGAGUCAGCAAUGGGCAUCAAAAACUUCAUACCAGCUCUAGAGGAGAGCCCAUUUCAUUCCUGUACAGCUGGACCAAACCCAGCCCUCGGGAGGCCACUGUCCCCGAAGCCGUCAUCCCCAGGAUCUAUAUUGGCUCGUCCAUCAGUGAUUUGUCAUACCACUGUGACUGCAUUGAAAGACAUGCCUUUCUCUCUCUGCCAGCCAGUUGGUGUGGGACAAAACACAGAUAUACAGCAGAUAGCAACCAGCAGCUUUACAGACACCUCCCUCAUGUACCCAGAGGACACAUGUAAAUCCGGACCAAGUACAAAUCCACAGAGUGGUCUUUUCAACACUCCUCCCCCUACUCCACCGGACCUCAACCAGGAUUUUAGUGGAUUUCAGCUUCUAGUGGAUGUUGCACUCAAAAGGGCUGCAGAAAUGGAGCUUCAGGCUAAACUAACAGCUUAACCCAUUUUCAAGAAGAAAAGUUUUCACAAAUGUUAUGAUUGCCGGGGUGAUGGCAAGAAACAAACUGCAUUAUUUUAUAUAUUUUUUUAUUAAUAUUUGCACAUGGGAUUGCUAAAGUGAAGCUUCCUGUUACUGAGAUGUCUUCAAUGGAAUACAGUCAUUCCAAGAACUAUAAACUCAAAGCUACUGUAGAAACAGAGGGUUUUCUUUUUUAAAUGUUUCUUGGUAGAUUAUUCAUAAUGUGAGAUGGUUCCCAAGAUCAUGUGAUUUUUUUUUUUUUUUCUCUCUCCCUUUCCCUUUUUUUUUUUUUUUUGGUUGGUUUUUUUUUUUCCAGACUGUGCAAUACUUAGAGAACGUAUAGCAUCUUCUCAUUCCCAUGUGGAACAGGAUGCCCACAUACUGUCUAAUAAAUUUUCAAUUUUUUCAAAUAAGUAUGAA